GAGUCGCACAACCGCAUUGUUGUUGGGGGAAAGAAACCAGGCAGGGGCAGUCAAUGAUCAUUAUAGCAAAUCUUUAAAGGACAUUAGAACUUAGUAGUGUUUGCAAAUUAUUUAUGCUUGAAACUGAAUCGAAUUUGGAAUCCAUAAAAUAUUUGUGGAUACCACUUGGUAUCGUUCAAAUUGAUGAUAUAAAGCUCGAGCGGCGCCCGUUGGAUGAGAGGAUUGUGUGUGGAUUUAGCUGUAGCUUGUGCUCUGCAGGCCAGAUCGCCAUUGCAUGCAAGCGCUGCCGUUUUCAAAAGCGGAUUUCCUGAAAACAUAAGGUAAUUUAGCAUCUUAAUGAUGAGAAAGAAAGCACGGCACCAUCAUCGUCGCAUGGCGAUGCCGCAGCGGGCUCCCUCGCCCAUCAAACCCUCGCCCAACCGGGAGACCCUGACCUAUGCCCAAGCCCAGCGCAUAGUGGAGCUGGAGAUUGACGGGCGCCUGCACCGCCUCAGCAUCUACGACAAGCUGGACGUCAUCGCCGACGACGACCCCACCGCACAGGAAAUCAUUGAGUGCAACAGCAACAAGGAGAACAACGAGAAGCCCCAGCAGGUCCUGGUGCGUUCAGUGCGCCUCAAAAACAAUCAGCAGAAGAAGAAUGCAUCCCUGACAGGACCCAUGCACGCCACUGGGCCCCAAGGAACCCCGCUCCUCGACCCCAAGUUCCGCACUGUAGAGUACAACCUCCCGGCCGUACCGAGGAGGCCCUCUUCCUACUACAAGUACUCUGAGAAAACCGCUGAGGAACUGGACGAGGAGGUGGAGUACGACAUGGACGAGGAGGACUACGCCUGGCUGGAUCUGAUCAAUGACAAGAGGAAGAGUGAAGGCGUCAGCCAGGUCUCCCACAACCUCUUUGAGUUCCUCAUGGACCGCUUCGAGAAGGAGUCCUUCUUCGCCACGCGGGGUCGCGGCGACCUGCAGGCCAUGGUGGACGAGGACGCCGUCUGCUGCAUCUGCAUGGACGGCGACGGCGCCGACAGCAACGUCAUCCUCUUCUGCGACCUGUGCAACAUCGCCGUCCACCAGGAGUGCUACGGGGUGCCCUACAUCCCGGAGGGGCAGUGGCUGUGUCGCCACUGUCUGCAAUGCCCCUCGCGGCCCUCCGAGUGCGUCUUCUGCCCCAACAAGGGAGGCGCCCUCAAGAAGACUGACGACGACCGCUGGGGCCACGUGGCGUGCGCCCUCUGGGUGCCCGAGGUCGGCUUCUCCGACACGAUGUUCAUCGAGCCCAUCGACGGCGUCAGUAACAUCCCACCAGCUCGCUGGAAGCUCACCUGCUACCUUUGCAAAGAGAAAGGGGCGGGGGCCUGCAUCCAGUGCCACAAAAUCAACUGCUACACGGCCUUCCACGUCAGCUGCGCCCAAAAGGCUGGUCUCUACAUGAAGAUGGAGCCCGUCAAGGAGGUCACGGAGGCGGGCUCUCCCACGUUUUCGGUAAAGAAGACCGCCUACUGCAGCGCUCACACCCCGAAAGGGUGUGUCCGGAGACCCCUUGCCAUCUAUGAGGAGACCCACCCGACAAACGGCCUGUGUGACAAGCGGGGGGAUAAACGGGGGAGGACCAGGUUAAAAGGAUGGCAGAAAAGGAGUAAGAGAGCAGAGCCAGAACCUGAAGAAGAAACACCCGCCACCUCAGGGCCCAGCAUAACCUCCUCAAGUUUUGACACCAUCCUCAACCAGGUGUCUGUCCAGAAGAAGAGGGUGUUUGUGGAGCGAGUCCUGAGCUACUGGGUGCUGAAGAGGCAGGCCAGGAAUGGGGUCCCGCUGAUCAGAAGGCUCCAGACCAACCCCCAGGCUCCGAAGAUGGAGCGGCCGGUCAGUCCAGAGGACCGUCGAUUGGAGGAAAACAGAGCACUAAAGGAGCAGCUGAAGGAAUGGCAUCGUCUACGCCAUGACCUGGAGCGAGCUCGCUUACUGCUGGAGCUGAUCAGGAAGAGGGAGAAGCUAAAGAGGGAGGAGAUGAAGCUCCAACAGUCUGUUCUGGAGGUUCAGCUUACACCAUUCAACAUUCUACUAAGAGCCGUUCUGGACCAGCUGCAGGAGAAGGACCAAGCCAGGGUCUUCGCCCACCCUGUCAGCGUCAAAGAGGUGCCUGAUUACCUGGACCACAUCAAGAACCCCAUGGACUUCUCAACCAUGAGGAAGCGCAUCGAUGCCCAUUGCUACAAGGACCUGGACGAGUUUGAGGCCGACUUUAACCUCAUCAUCUUUAACUGUAUGAAGUACAAUGCCAAGGAGACGUUCUUCCACAAGGCUGCUCUGAGGCUGCAGGACCAGGGCGGGGCCAUCCUCCGGAAAACCCGACGGGAUGCGGAGAGGAUCGGCUUUGACUUUGCCAGCGGACUGCACCUCCCGGAGCCGCCUAAACUAGAGGCUCCUCCUCCUUUCUCCUGGGAUGACGUGGACCGGAUACUGAACCCAGCCAACCGGGUUAACAUGCCCUUAGCAGAGCAGCUGAGAGCGCUGCUGGAGAAGUUGGAUCUUAGCACGGCCAUGAAAUCCAGCCCGUCACGCAGCAAGCGACUGAAGCUGCUCAAGAAAACCAUCAUGGAGGUGAGGAGCGAGAUGAGCCUGAAGAAGCCCCGCCCAACGCCCUCUGAGCCCCCACAACCGGAGACGGAGGAGAAACCACUCCCUCCGCUGACUGGAGAUAAAACGCACAAGGACGGUUUGUGUCAAUCAGGAGUCACAGAAGUGACAGGAGAAAUGUUGUUGCCUCCACCGAAACUUGAGCCCUUGAACUGUCCUCUGCCCCAACCCGUGGACCCGGCCAGUCCACCAGAUCCUCGACCUCACCCUCCCACCCUCAAACCCAUCAAACCCAUCAAACCCAACACGGACAAGAACCAGAAGAGCUCGAAAGGUGACAGCAACAGCACCGCUACCACUACCUCAGUACCCCAUGAAACCCCAAACGGGCACAUUUCCAACCCGCUGCUCCCUGACAAAAGCCUCAGUGUUGUGGCCACUUCAAUGCUCGCCCGGCCGUCCGCCACGAGCAACCGGCGGACCAACAUCCUGUUUCGCAAGUCCAAAAGCACGAGUCCUCAGAAGCCCUCGAAGACGGCGGAGACGCCGCCCGGUUCCCCGACACUGGGGGCCAAAACGUUUCUCUCUGUGGUGAUCCCUCGCCUGGAGACCCUUCUGCUGCCCAGGAAGAGAACCCGAAGUGUCAGUGGUGACUGCGAGGAAGAGGACGAGUCUCCCAUCAAGCGCCUUGACACGGGUAAAAGCCUGGGCCGUGCUUCAGAAGCUGAGCACAUCAGUGGCGAGUUGCUUAGAAGAACCGAGCUAAAUGAGAGUGAGCCCAGCCCCAACAGGCCGCUGGAGCCCAGGCGACGUUGUGCCUCCGAGUCCAGUAUCUCUUCCAGUGGCAGUGUGCUCUGCAGCACCAGCACCAUCACCCUGCCCAAAAACGGGAAAGGGAAACCAGCCGCGGCACGUAGAAACACUGUGGACGACAAAAACACUCUCAUCACCUGCAUUGAGAACGGAGAGUUCACUAAAGCAGCCAAAAUUGCAGCAGAAGUUGGCAACGGAAAUAUGUGGAUGCCCACUAGUGCCUCAACAUUUGUACUGGAACCUCUUAAACUAGUUUGGGCAAAAUGUAGUGGAUAUCCCUCCUAUCCUGCCUUGAUCAUAGAUCCCAAGACGCCGAGGACGGGGUGUCACCACAGCGGGGCGUCCCUGCCCCUGCCCCCUCUGGACGUCCUCCGGGUCGGAGAGCAGAUGCAGUACCGGUCCGACGAGAAGCUCUACCUCGUCCACUUCUUCGACAACAAGCGCAGCUGGCAAUGGCUUCCUAAAUCCAAGAUGGUUCCUUUUGGUGUUCACAAGACUGUUGACAAGUUCAAGCUGGCGGAGGGGCGUUCCUCUGGCGUUCGAAAAGCCGUACAGACCGCCUUCAACCGCGCCAUGAGCCACCUGAUCCAGGCCCAGGACAGGCCCGGCGUGAACCACGGCCUCACGGACCCAACCCACCCAGUCAUACCCUCCCUGCCCCACCCCUAGGAGGCACACUUCACUCCUUGUUUUACUUGAUAUUCCAUAGAGAGGUCCUAGUAUUUCUGCCUCAACCCCCCCCCCCCCCUCCCCCCCUCCCAAAAAAAUUACCUGCCCUCUCUUCUUCUGUCGUUUUGUUUACUUUUAUCCCCGCACAUGUGGGGCUUCACUCACCAAGCUUUCAAGCUAGUAAAAGAGUCCGACCGAUGAUCUGUCUUGAUCCAGGUUUUUUUUCAUAGAUUCCUACAAUCUAUCCAUCUGAGCUGCUCGUCGAUAAAAGAAAGAACCUGUGUGUGACUGACUACCAGCAUGCUUCAACCCCCCCCCCCCCAUUCCUCCUUUCUGAAUCGAUGACCUUAGAAAUAUUGUAGCUUGCAACAUGUCACCCAUGUUUUCGUCAAUGAGCUAUGCAAAUUAACUUGGGUGAGCGACCACGGUUGGCUGGGGGAGUGGGGCGGAGCACAAAACAAACAUUCACAUCCUUGGGAUCUGAGUACGGACUUUGAAAGAAGAAGAAAAAAAAACGGAAAAAAAUAUGCUGGUUUAACCGGAUGAAUGUGCCAGAGCUGGAUCUCAGUCCAGUAAUGUGCUGCAAGACUGCUACAACUUCCACUGCCAUCAUGACCUCCUUCCCCUCACUCCCAUCUCUUCACAGCAGCAGCCCUGUAUUUUUACCCCCUGUAAAUACCCUGUACAAGGCCUGACACUAAUUUAUUCAGUUUCUCUGUUAUUAUCGGUACUGCGUGUUCACUUUCUGAAUAUUUAUACUAUAGGAGUGAUUCACGUCAGCGCUAUGGUGCGUAUUUUGCUGGUGCUAUGACCUGUGCAAGUCUGCUACAAUGGCGACUUAAAACAGGCAAAAAACAUACUGUAUUGAAACAUGUUUUUUUUUCUUCUCUCUCUCUCAUUUCAGCUACUUUUUUUAUGGUUUCGUAAGUUAUUGAAUUAUAUUGGGAAGCUUCUGCUCUUUGCAUUAACGUGAUGUGUGUGUUGUUCUUCUUUUUUUUUUUACCAGAAUGUUUUUACGGGACAUUUCAUGUUUUGUUUGUACAUAUUUAUAUCGAAUCUAUAUAAUUGUAUACUUAAGAUGCUCUCAAUUGUUGAAAAAGCCGAAAGUGCAUCAUUCACACAAAACCAAAAAUUUGCUGCCCAGAAGUUUCCAGUUUCUUUUUUUUUUUUUUUUUUUU